CUCUCUCAGCGGCACAGAACCGGCACCGGACACUGAAGGGCUGCAGUUGCGAUCGGAUGAUCGACGAGUACGUGUCUGUCGUGCGCGCUGUUGUGUGUCUGCUCGGGAUGUUGGGUGUCCUUACGAUUUUUCGAGUCGCCUACCCUCCGUGAAUCGAACCGACAGCGGAGCUAAACUCUCGGUUCAGGCUACGAGAACGAGCAAUGUUCACGAGGAUCCAUAAGGCUGGCGUAAUCGAGAGACGUGCCGCAUCGCACGGCGUCGCUGGGACAUUUCUUCAGUAACCGACUGGGAAAACCGGCGAGGAAUCCACGACUGUUCGCGGGCGAGAGGAGCGCGCUCAUCGACCGGGUGAAACGGGGAGGAAAAUUUGAAAUCCAGCCUGGUGGCGAGGACGAGUGGAAGUGGGGCCGGUGCGGGCCGCCGGGACGCUUCUCGCUCCUUUCCGCCUCAGGAUGUCGUACGCCAAUCGAUUCCCGUCUUCGCAGCACACCCGAUACCGCAGCAGCUGGGGACCCUCGUCGGUGACUGUGUUCAAUCGUGCCGACGUGCCGAGGCCCUCGCCGGAAGAGGAAGAGUACGCCGAGUUCUAUCACGAGCGUCUCCACUCGGCACAGAGCAGACAGUUGCUGCCGUUGCAGGAAGACCUCGCCGAUUGGAUCAAUAAAACGUUGAACUCUGAGAUCGUGUCGGGCGACAAUUUCUUCGAUGCUUUGGACAAUGGCGUGGUGGUAUGUCGACUGGCGAGGAUCAUCCAGGAAAAGGCGAGGACAGCGAUCGACGCUGGAAAAGCGAAAGGGCCAAUGCCGGUGAUAAAAGGUCGCUGCUGGGAGAACGCAGCGCGUCGCAGCUUCUUUUCUCGUGACAACAUGGAGAACUUCAUACAGUUCUGCCGGCGGCUGGGCGUGCACGAGAACCUUCUGUUCGAGAGCGACGAUCUCGUGUUACACGGACAGCCACGGAACGUGGUGUUGUGCCUGUUGGAAGUGGCUCGACUGGCGUCGAGGUAUUCCGUCGAACCACCAGGACUCGUGCAGCUCGAGAGGGAAAUUGCCGCGGAACAAGAGCGAGAUCUCCACUGUCUGUCAGACAGCGGUAUAUCCCACAGCAGCCUGGUUUCUUGGCAAUUUCAAUCGCCGUCGCCGACCGCAACGCCCAAACCUCCGACAGAGAAGAUCAAACACAGCAGCUCGGCGUCGGAAGUCGCGUUGACGGCGACAAGAUGGCUGGACCCGAGCACCGGUGUGACGCACGAGCCGGAGAUGAGGAGGUCGGUGAGCGACAAUGGGCCAGCGGGCAGCGACGGAGUUCCCAGCGACACGACGGAGGACGAGUGGUCUCGAGGAAGCGCGGAGGACCCGGACGAGCUUCCAUCGCCGUCGAGUUCACCUUUGCCCUCGCCGGCCGAGCCGCCGGAACACACCGGCCCCAUAACGGAACUCGAUCGCAAGGUAAGAAGAGCCACGGAAGCCGUGCAGAGACUCUGCCAGUGUCCCUCCGAGAGAUGCUCCAAGCUGAAGGUGCGCAAAGUCGGCGAAGGACGGUAUCAUAUUGCCGGACGAAAUGUAUUCAUCAGGCUUUUGAAGGGGAGACACAUGAUGGUCCGAGUGGGCGGGGGCUGGGACACGUUGGAGCAUUUCUUGGCGAGGCACGACCCCUGUCAGGUGAGGACCCUCAACCGCGAGAGCACGCCGCCUUCGCCUCACGGCAACAAACUCACCAACUUUCUUCCUAUCCGAGCCAAGUAUCGCAGUCCCCCGCCGGAAUCCGUCUCGGCCCGCUAGCCUAAAAGCACAGUGCCUGUUUUACAAGUCCACGCUACUUCACCGUUCAUACCGUUGUUCGUCACAAGUGGAGAGACAGACGGUCUAUCUAUGGUGGCCAGCCACACGUUGUCUCGAUUCGUCUUUCUACUUGGAUCGUAGAAACUGCGCUGACGGACGAACCGCGGGAACGUUGAAUAAAGAACGAAUCUGAAGAAUAAAGAACGUAGAAUACAGAGAUCAAUAACGUCUUUAAUCGAAUUUUCCGCUGUUCUUUCGGAUAACGGUCUUUUUUUUCAGACAUCGUUUGAAUAACUCAUCAGCAAACGCGAUUAGACACGGUAGAACUCGGACCAGUGCACCACUGUCUCU